UUCCCUUAAUCCACAAAGCUUUCAAAAAAACAACAAUCACAUUUAUAUGGAAGAUACAUCAAAUGCAUUUAUGUCUCAGAGUUACCUUAAUGCUCGAGAAACCGCUACACAGACAACAAAAAAUUACCUAGCUUCACUCCAUUCGAUCCAGAAGCAACCUUCAAAGCCCCUGAAGAGACCUACGUCAUCGCCUUUGAACCCAAUGCAUCCACACGUUUACAGAGUCGAGCCAGUAAACUUCAAAGAGUUGGUUCAGCGUCUGACCGGUGCACCCCAGCACGAGCCUGUAGCUAACCCGUUCAAGAGUUUGAAUAAUGCAGCAAAGGAGAGUUCUUCAUCCCUAGCGUUUGAUCUACCAUCUUCAUCAUGGGGAGAUUUAUCACUUCGGAAUCCUUCAAAUAUUUCCAGAUGGUAGCUUAUAUUAUAUAUAUACGACAUAAUACCUUUUACUCUCUUUUUUCAAAAAAAAAAAACAUUUUUUCUUGCAGAUUUCCUUUGGUUGUAAUGUAACAACAAAGAAAAUUAUAAAAUAUUAAUAAAGAUGGUCGUUCAAUAAAAUAUCAAUAAAGAAAAAAUGUAUAUGAAUCUGAUUGGUAACUUGUGGAAGAAUGGUGUAAUGUAAUUGCAAUAUCUACCAUUUAUAUUGAUUGGAGUCUCUGUGUAAACAUAUUGUGUGGGAAUAAUUUUACACUUUCCAGUUAAAUAGAACCGAAUCGUUAUUGAUUCUAUCCUAUAUGUACAUAACAUGUAGCAACUUCCAUUAGAAGAAUUAAUUGAAAUAUUUAACGAUUCUAUAUACACACAACGUGCGACAUGAUUCGUAAUUACC